GAGAUGCGCAAGCAGGCGGCUAACCUUGUCGACAAAAUUGUGGUGACCGGGCAAGAAAGCGUACAGGGCUCGCGACGUCCCACGCGGGAGGAUAUAUAUAAGAAGCAUAUCUCCGCAGACAAAGUCCCUGAGCGCCUCCCGUUUGCUAUACACACUGCGCUCGUGGAGCUCCGCGGCUGGAAGAGGUUCGUUGGGGUAACAGAGGAGAAUAUCAAUUCCAUCUUCAGAAGAACCGCGGUGUGUGCAUACAAGAGUACCUUCGUCGAUGCCGCUCGCAUCUCCGGCCGGGAGGAGUUGGCUGCAUCUCAUGGAAUAUUUCCACGGGAUCCCACGUUGAAAGACUUCCUCAGAGAGAAGCCAGUUUGUCUAGUCACACUGCGAUGCAUCUGGAACUACGCACGGAGUCGGACAGCGGAACAAUGCCGUGAUGUACUAGAGAAGUACGUCGUCCGUGGUGGGGAUGGUGGGUUGACUAUGGCGACCGUCCGACGAAGUUGCGGUUUAGUGCCAAAUGAAAAUGUGCAGGUUGACGACGUGCAAGAAACACUGGAUGCCUUGGUCAACAAGCCCACAGACCCAUCUGCGGCUACUGGUGCCCCUGCGAAAGAUCAAGCGUCCGUGGUCAAGACCACAAUCGAUGGGCACAAAGAAGAGCACAAGGAAGCUUUGCGACAAAUACGGCAGUGGCUAGUGGAUGAACGGAAAGACUGGUUCACAGUUGCCCAGCUGAAGACUGCGAAGGCAAAGUAUGCUUUUCCCUUUGGCAAACAAGACGCACAGGAUGUUAUCCAGAAAAUGGUGUCCGACGGUCAACUUCUAUCAGUGGUGUCCUUGGAUCACGACACAAAUAUGGUCUUCACCGAAGAAUAUUGGGUGAAAGGUGUUCAGUCUCGCUUGGCAGGGGAUUGCUCCAGAAGUGUGAAUAUUCGGACUCUGGCCGAAGCCUACAAGAAAAGGUUCGCAUCGCAUGCCACCGCGAAGAAGAAGGGCGCUCCCAGGCGAAGCACAGAUCCAGAAGGCACCGUCGUCAACUCCAAGCUCUCAGAGAACCUUCGAAGCGUGCUCGAGAAGCAAAAAACCCUUUAUCAGGAGGUUCUUCAAGCAAAAUCCGUCGAACAGCAGGACAGGACGGAGUCCACGGAGCCGAACUUACACGUGACACUGCAGCGUAGCUAUUUCUACCCCAUGGACAUCCGCUGCCGUCGAUUCUCAACUGAACACGGAGCUCAGAACAUAUCUCGACUCACGAGGGCCAUCUGCUUCCCCGAUACUGCAGACUAUGACAUCUCGGCAUCAAUGUUCACUAUCGUUGUGCAGCUGUUCGAUCUGGUGCAACCGGAGGGCAUGGCCAUUCCCUCCUGGCGUGCCGUGGCAGCGAAUCGCAGCGCCGUCUGUAUAAACAAGCUGAAGUGCACCGAUGCCGUGGGCAAACAAAUUCUUAUGGAAGUCGCCAACGGAGCGGCAGUCACGAAUUUCCCGAACAUCCAAAAGCAGGGUUUGGCAUUCUUGACAGCUUUGUCUACGGAAAGUCGCCUUCUGCGAUGGCUCGCGUGCACACAGUUGCAUGCCGAAUACUUGCAGUUGCGUCGCGGCUCCAGGAACCACUGGCCGGAGGCAAACAUUUUUGCGGUGUGGUGGAACGCCGCAGAGGAUUACAUCCUCCAG